AUGGGACAAGAUUACUUGUCUCUCUUUUGGCUCAAUGUCAGUCUAAGUGAGAUUUGUGGCUUGUGCUAUCGCAAGAACCAAUUGGCUCGCAUCAUGCCGACCUACUCAUGGCGUCUUCAUAAGCAGCUGAAGUUUGUCUAUUCGCAGGAGCAGAAUACCAGUAACAGACUAUCGAGAACCAUCCUUACCAACCAAAACCUACAUGCCUUGGGUUUGAAUGUCCCUUCUAAAAUUUACUGGGCCGUGUAUGGAGUCUGGCUAGGAAGCAGAGACACAAAGAAGAUUGAUUUGUCUUUCCCGCAAACAGACUGGAAUUUCAGCUCGACUAAUAAUUCAUGGCUGGUCAAUGCGCUCAUAGCGGAAUGA